AAGGUAUAAGAAGGAUAUCAACUGAGAACAUGGCGAAAAAUAAACAGAAGGGGAAAAAACAGCAGAAUGUGUUCCAAGUGGCUAACAAGCAGUCCAAGCCCAAGUCCAAAACUAAGCCUGUGAAGACUUCAUUAAAACAUAUAAACACCCUGAAAAAAGAGAAAGUGGAGAACUUGAAUCAGAUUUUCACCGAGGUGCAGAGGGACAUGAAAAGUAUUUCAAAAUCCACAGCCAAAGAAUCGACAGGGAAAACACCGAUCUCAAGGGACAAACUACAGGAGUCUGUGAAUGUGGAUGGAGCUGCCCAGCUUUUCUCUCAACUUUAGUGACACAUGUCAUUUCAAAACAAAGUCAUAUGGCAUAUGAACAAGAUCUGCACACAUUACGCAUAUUACAUGAAAUCAGUUAAUCGGAAAUGAGGCCUGGAUCUAAUGAAUUCUCCAUAUAAAAAAAAAAAUAUAUAUAUAUAUAUAUAUAUAUAUAUAUAUAUAUAUAUAUAUAUAUAUAUAGGGAAAUGAUCUCAAGAGUCAGAUUUCAUGUAAUAAAUAUGUUAACAACGUGUAUGCCUGUAUACUUAAGAACAACUGACAUUCACGCCUAAAUGGCAGAUCCUUAAAAGGAGUAAGUUUCUGAGUUAGCAUUUUCUGUCAGCUAGAUUAACUGUUCUGUAUAACUGUUCUGGGUUUCGGGUACUUGACUGUGUUUUUGUCAUUGUCCCGAGACCAGUAAGAUCAAAUGUAGGAGUUCUGCUUAGUAAAUGCAGAAAUGGGUAUGAAUUGGCAGUAUGAUCUUGUUUAAAUGGACAUUUGUACAGUUUUGAAAUUAUGAUAUUUGAUAUGUUUAUAAACACAUGAACUGGAACUUCAAGAUAGUCAAAAUAAAGUGUACAGUUCUAAUGGAGAUAACUGGAAUUUGUAGAGCUUCAAUGUAAUUGUAAAUUUAAGGCAAUUUUGAAGGUCAAACUUUUAUUAAAGAACUGUUCAAGACCUUUAUAAGUCUACAGAAUGCUAGUUACGGAGGUAACUGUUCUAUGAACACAGUGUCCAACCUCUGAAUGUUCUCUCCUGUGUGUGCAUACACGUGCUGAGGCCUUCAACAAAGUCACAAGGUGACAAUGAUGAAUUAUUCGCUACACUCACCAUGGGACGUCAGGGUAGUGGCUGAGUGUCCAGCCUGUUCGUAGGCAGUGGUGAUCACCUGUAUUACUCUGUGGGCCAGUUUCUGCUUAAGACAAGGGAUUACUUGUGGCUUUGCAAUGACAGAUCAAUAACUGAGGUGAUGAACGAAUAGCUGCUAAACUGUUAAAAUAGUUCUGGAAAGUAUGUAAUGGACACAGUAGGGAACGUUCUGCUGAUUGACCUUUGUAGAACGUUGCAAGGUUCACACAUUUGGAAUAAAUAACCUUCGCCAGGAACAUUAGCUUUGGCAACUAGGACACUCCUGAAUCAUCUGGCAACUAAGUGCAUGGAAGGCAACCUUAUCGCCAUGGCAUGCAGUUCACCCGAUGUUUUUGCUGACAGCAAAGCUACCAGAAUCUGCAAAUGAGGUGAAAACGCAUAUAGGUAGUGAGGUGUGAGGUCAGUCAUGGGGUACUCUGUUUCUCCACACUGCUCCCCAUCCGGUGAGGCUGUCUGUAGUGAUCUCCCAGAGGGGGAACUGCUCCUAGGCAUACCCCUUUCGUGAAAAUGGCUUUGCAGCUCCAGUGGGUCAGGAUCUGUUCCUUAAAGGGGGACUUUAAGGAACCAAUUCAGUCCCCUAAGAUCUAGAAUGUUCUUUUUCUGAACAAUAAAUUUAGUAGUAAUUGUUCUAAACGGUGAAGUCUACUCUUUGUAUAGUGCCUUUUUCCAAGAAGGAAUUAACUACUUGGUUCAAAACAGCAGCUUUUUCGUGGGCCUGAAAUUGGUGCGACGUUGAGCCCUGAGUAGUUUGGGGGGGUCGACGGUGGGUCUUAAGGAUCCAGUGACCUUGCUGCAAUGACCAGGCCUGUGGACCUUCAGAGAAAGUCAGAGCAUUGAUUUGGCCCUUGAUAAAAUAUUGGUGCUGGUUUCCUUUGUUCUAUUGGAUAUAUGAUUCCAAAGCUUGAACUCUCCUCUCUAGGGCUUCUUUAUCCACAGGCCCAAAGAGCAGCCCAGGCACAGAGGACGUAUCAACCAGAAACCUGCAUACUGUUAGCUUGUUAGUUACUAUGUAACUUUGUUUUGACAGGUUUGGCUACUGUUAAAUCAUGACAACCAUUCAUUGUCUGAUGAAGAGCCACUGGGCUCAAAAUGUCACCUGUGGUGAGAACAAGUAAUAAAUCAUUUUCUAUUUUUGGAGCUGUGGUGUCCCAGCAUUUCCUUCCUUUUCUCAGUUUUGGUGGUUGAGUCCCCUCAUUGAGCUUUGUUGCCCUUCAGAUGUGUGCAUUUUGUGUUGAAUCUUUGUAAAU